AUGGACGUUCUCAUCGGCAACGGUGGCGCAAAAGUUGUCAUCCCAGUCAAGCUUAGCUUGGCUCUUCCACUCGCUGUUGUAGCAUUUGGCUUUGGAUACUUCUUCUGGCGCUGUAUCUACAAUCUCUAUUUGCACCCUUUGCACAGGUUUCCAGGCCCCAAAUUGUCAGCUCUAUCUUACUAUCCCUACUAUCGCCUUCUCGUCAGUGGUGUAGGUUACCUCACUGUUAUGGAUCUUCACAUGAAGUAUGGCCCCGUUGUUCGCAUUUCUCCCAACUCCCUUUCCUUUAGCCACCCUGAUGCCAUGAACGACAUCCGCGGUCACCGGAAGGCCGGGCAGCCAGAACAUCCAAAAGAACCUAUGGGUCGGGAAUUUCAUCUAAAAGACAUUAUUGGUGCCGAGCGUGCCGACCAUGCCCGCUACCGAAGGAGCUUAGCAAACGGCUUCUCUUACCAGGCCAUGCUCGAUCAGGAGCCUAUCAUCCAGGAAUAUAUCGACCAACUUAUGGAGUCUAUUGAGAAACAUAGCGCCAAUGGAACCCAGCAGAUUGAUAUGGUCCGCUGGUUCAAUUAUACAACAUUUGACAUUAUUGGUGAUUUGUCCUUUGGUGAACCAUUUGGCUGUCUUCAGAGCUCCACAUACGAUCCUUGGGUUCAACUCAUCUUUAGCACUGUCAAGAGCUUGGUCCACAUAGCUGCCCUUAAGUAUCUUAGGAUAAUUCCUAGACGCAUCUUGAAUUACCUCAUGCCAUACCUCAUGCCCAAAGGCCUGUCGACUAAACAUGCUGAAAACCAACGUCUCUCUGCCAUGAAGGUCAAAAAGCGUCUCGAAGCUAAUUCCACUCGCCCCGAUUUUAUUGCAUCAAUGACUAAAAGUCGCAAUGGAGAAUCUCUUACUUUCGAGGAGCUUACAGCUAACGCUUCCAUCCUGAUUAUUGCAGGCUCAGAAACUACAGCCACAGUCUUAUCGUCAGCUGCUUAUUACUUGGGUCUCUUUCCAGAAGCCCAAGCAAAACUGGCCCAUGAGGUGCGGACAACCUUCAACAGUGCGCAAGACAUUACGACUACGAGCGUGCAGCAUCUCAAAUAUAUGCUGGCUGUUAUUAACGAGGUUAUGCGCGUGCAUCCGGCUGUUGUCACUGGCCUGCCUCGAGUCAUUUCUGAAGGAGGUGCUACUAUUGCUGGUGAAUAUGUUCCCGAAGAUACAUGUGUAGAAGUUUGGCAAUGGCCCUUGUUCCGCAACCCGAAAUACUGGACGCAGCCUGAUGACUUUAUUCCCGAACGGUGGCUCGGUGAUCCGAAAUUCGCAAAUGAUAGACGAGAGUGCUUUCAGCCAUUCUCUACAGGGCCCCGCAACUGUGUUGGCAUGAAUCUUGCAUACUCUGAAAUGCGUCUUAUCUUAGCUCGUGUCAUAUUGAAAUACGACAUUAAGUUGGCUGAAGGGACUGAGGGCUGGGAUAGCCGAAGUAAGGUUUAUCUUCUGUGGGAGAAGGGCCCAGUGAAUGUUUACAUGAUCCCGAGAAAGAUUUAA